AUGACCUCCUUCAAGGUUGCCAUGCAGAGGCGGAUACACGAUGUGACUGCCCGAGCCCGAGUCGGCGAAGGAGAACAGAUCUCCGUGUACUUCUACCACGCGGCCGACGGCGCCUUGAAAGCUGGUUCUCUGACCACCGCUGUCAGUGGGGUUGGAUUGUCUGCCGAGAAAUGUACCGAAAUUGGUACGCAAAUUGACGCCGAACCACCCGCUCAAAUCGGGUCAAAGGUAGCCGGCGCGUCAGGAGACAGGAGUGGUGCUAACAACCUCAGCGAUGUGAGACGUGGCGUUGGCGGCAAUGGUGCACAUGUUGACGGUUGCCCUGGGCAACAGAGCCCCGAUGGCCGAGCAAGUGGUACAGAUAAGUCAAGCCGCGUUGUCGAGGCGGUCGCUGUGGCGCUUUUCACGUUGCCAGACGCGAGUGCCGAUUCUGGUCUCGUCAAAGAAGUGAAUGAGGCAAAAACAAUCUCCUUGGCGCCAAAGAUGGGGAGGACAGGGCGUGGGAAAAGUGAUUUGGAGAGUAGAGAGUUGCUGAAGCCUCCAGUCCGAUUGGGCUCCAACCGUCAACGACUUUCGCCAGGAUUAUACAAACGACAGAACAGGGUGCAGAGCAAAGUUGUCCGAACUAACAGGGACAAUGUGUUGUCGAAGAGCGAGGAAGCAGCAUUCCAGAAGGGUAAGACAUUUUCAACCACCUUGAAAAGGGUAAUUGGCAAGAUACACAACGAAACUAUCACCCUUUUGCAUCGGAACUUUAUUAAGCAUAAAUGUGCUUUUUGA